GUUGAGCUGAACUCGCUGUUGCUGAUAUAACAUCACAUGGCAGAGUGACACCACAGAAUCCAAGUUCGACUUGUUAGCUGCCUCUACCAACAUCUAGGGCUCUGCUCACAGAGAAGGAAACCCUGGGCCAGAACUUGGGGAAAGGGAGGACACCAGAGCCUUGGAAGGUACUUAGGUGUAUAGGCAAAAUGAAGCUGACUUUGGUGCAAAUCUUUUUCUCACUGUUGCUGUUGCUGCUGGGCCUGGGGGUGGGCCUGGGCCUGGGGCUUCACAUGGCUGCUGCGGUCCUGGAAGAUAGUGAUCAGCCACUGAAUGAGUUUUGGUCCAGUGACUCACAGGACAGAGCUGAGACUGAGGAGGGAGGGGUCACUGAAGCCACAGAAAUCCUGGUGCUUAGCAUUCAAGGAGUGGUGCAACCUACCUGGUCGAAAGAGACCACCUUCAAUGAAGAUGAAGUUGGAGGAGACAAGAGGCUCCCAGCUGAGACCUUCUUUCAGAGGAACAGAGACUAUCUCAGGUCCGACCCUACGCCCAGGGAAUGCAAUGUCAUGAUGAAGCACAAGACGAAGGAGCACAGCCCCAGUGGCAGUUGCUUAACUCAUUACACUUUCAUCCACGAAGACCCCGACAUGGUCAAAGCUGUCUGUAACACUUCAGUCAUUGCCUGUGAGCUUAAGGGGGGCAAAUGUCACAAAAGCCCUCGUCCUUUUGAUUUGACAUUCUGCAAGUUGUCCACAUCAGACCAAGUCACUCCUAACUGCAAUUAUCUAACUUUCAUUAUGAAAAAGUUCAUUGUUAUAACCUGUAAUGACUAGAAACUCCAGUUUACACCUGCCUAUGAAGCAACUCAUCCUAGUCUAUCUCUUCAUCUUUUUUCUCUCUCUUCCUUUUGUACAUCCUUUUUCUUAUGUCACUCUCUUCCUCUCAAGUAUUCUACAGAAAAGGUUCUGAAAAGAAGACAGAUUAUUCUUAAUUAUUCUCUCCUGAAAAUAUAAUUCUUUGCCCUAGAAGUCAUCUUAUUUGCACUUUGCUCCUGGGAUUACAGAUGUUAGGAUAGGAUAAUAAUGCCUAGUUUCUCUGGGUUCUCUCUCUCCUCUCCCAUCCCCUGCCUGCAAAGGGAUAAGCAAAGAGCUGCUCUAGUCCCUACCAUGGUCCUGGUCCAGUUUGUCUCUUGGGCAAACUUUAUCUUUUUAAAUGUGACUUCAAGAGAUUAAUGCAUCCUUCACCGUAACCUACCCUCCUCGAAGCCCUGCAGCAAGCACAACUGCACUCUUCUGCCUCAUGGAUAGAAGUAAAGUGAUUUUAUCUAUGACUAGCUGGAGAACCAGAUGGGUCAGGUUUCAUUUUCUAAGCCUGGGUUGAAGGGUCUGCUGCUAAUGUGAUAUGAUGGUGUAGACCAAGAAAGAACAUGUACAGGGGCAAGGACAGAACUUUUUUUUUUAAGUUUAUUUCUUUCAUGAGAGUGAGACACAGAAAGAGAGAGACAGAGGGGGAGAGAUGGGUGCUCUCAACAUGGUUUCUUUACACCUUGAUCCCUUUCCCCAGCCCUCCAGCUAGUGAGGACCGUGGGCUCAUGUACUCAGCAUGCUUCAGGUCAGCUUGGUAUCUGGACCCAUGGUCGGCCAGGUGCCUUCUACCCCUGCAGAGCAGCAUAGUACAGCCUGCAACAUGGAGGCUAGGCCAGUACUUUUUGUUUGACCCCUUUCUACCCUUUUCUCUUACUUUAUCUGCCUCUUUGCUUUGCUUCUUUCCCCCCUCUUUUUCCUAGUUUAUUUUCCUUUUUACCUUCUUUCCUUUCCUUUUUCUUUUGAGCCCUCUCUUCUCAUUCUCUGAAUCUUUAUAGAAAUAUAGUCAGCCAAUCCUGGUCACUUAAGCAAUGCAAAGUAAGCAGAAUCUGGCAUGGGAGGUUGGAGGAAGGAUAGGUCACAGAAGUGAGAAAGAGUUAUUUUUCCAAAUUAGG